AUGGACGAGGAGCUUUUUGGGAUCUUCCGCUUCGCCCGCAAAGUGGUCACUCCUUUCAAGGAUAUCUGCUUGGAGCUUGUGCUUCAGCUGCAGCAAGAUUGGUGUACGCAGUUCACGUUGCAAGCCAACACCAGCGACCUCGAGAACAAGAUCUCGGCCCUCGCGACAGAGUGCCUCUCCUCGAAGGUGUUCGACAUGCCGCCGGACGUGGCCAUGAAUGGGCAGGAGUUGAAAGUCAAGUUUCGCCGGAGCUCUACAGACGAGACGGUGCUGUCAGAAGCAUUGGGGAUGUUCUUGACUACAACGCAGGAGCUUCUUGAACACUUUCGAUAUCUUCGCAGCUCACCGUCGAAGGCCGCUGCCUUGAUUUCACCGCAAUCAGAUGAAAACAGUGAGCAAACUAAGAAGCUCGUCCUGAGCCAGAUGAAGUCCGAAUGGGAACUGGUGCUGCGGCUGGAAGGCAAUCCCGCUUCGGCUUGUGAGCUGCACGAGCACUGCAGGUACGUGACUUACCACUGCUUUCGGGAAGUGAUGGCUGUGUGGGAGAAACACGCUUGGACAGUCCACCCAGAAGCCCUCAGCCUCACUUUGGCUUGGUUCCCGGAGUUCGCAUGGUCAUCGAAUAUCGAAUCCUUGUUCAAGGAGAUGACAGCAGCUGUGAAGCGGAGUGGCCAGAGUGAUGUGGGCUCUCUUCCGAACCUGAUGGCUGUGGCGAUCAGGGGCCUCCACCGUCGUUUGUGCAUCGGCGACGACAGCCCGCAGGCUUUGUCACUCGAGAAGGAGGAUUGGAUGGAGCGAGAUCCGAUCGAGGAAAUGCAAUUCUUCUGGAUGCCAGCCCUGAAGCUGAAGGAGCUGCCGUUUUCCUUCAAAGGCCCCUUGCCUGCGAGGGAAGUGGAUGAGACCAACAUCCCGCUGGACGCCGCUGUGAUGGCUGAUCCCCUAUCCAUGAAUCAGAGCACCCAUGCAUUGACUUUGGAUGUUGGGAGGAAUUUCGUGCAGAAGCUGCUCUUGAGGCCUGAUGAGGUGCGAUUCUUUGAUUACAGCAUUCACCUGGCUGAGCCUUCGUUGUCCGACAAGUGUGGUACCAGCCUCAUCCUGCGACGGGGCAUGAAAGAUUUGUCAUUGAUGGGCUGGUUGGUGACAAGCGGAGACAUCCUGAAGCUGACCGUCAAGAACUUGAUGGACUUCAUGGAUUCACGGGGGACCCGCAUGCCGAAGAACACCACGAAGGCACAACGCAUCCGAAAGAUUCUCUCGAUGGACGACAUUCAGCAAGAAUGCGGUGAAAAUGUGCUCAAUGCGAUCCUGAAGAAGCUGGAGCAGCAGGAAGAGAAGAGAAGAAAGAAAGACGAAACAGGAGCCGAGCCAGCCAAGGAGGGAGAGAUCCAUUGGGAAGAGCUCGAAGAAGAUGCUGCUACGGCUGCCUGCCGGCAGUUGCUUGGGCAGCAGGAUGAAGAGGAGCAGGAUGCUCCUGAUGACGAUGAUGAGGCUUCUAAGUUGCAUUUGUGA